AUGCGGCAGAAAGAGAACGAUCGGGUUUGGAGUUGCGAUCGGAAAGUUCAAGCUCGGGGUUUCCUCACCCCGCCGCCGACUUGGACGCCGCCGCAUACUCGUGCCCAGCGUCGUCUUUUUCUGCCGCCGCCGUUCUCGGAGAGGAAGAUGGAAUCGCCCGCCGGGAGUUGCAAGCACGACCUCUUCCAUGUCAUUCACAAGGUCCCGGCCGGCGAUUCUCCCUACGUCAAGGCCAAACACGUUCAGUUGAUUGAGAAGGACCCAAGCAGGGCAGUCCCCAUGUUCUGGGCCGCCAUAAACGCUGGGGACAGAAUUGAUAGUGCCUUGAAAGACAUGGCUGUAGUGCUGAAGCAAUUGAACCGGUCUGAAGAGGCAAUUGAGGCCAUCAAAUCCUUCCGCCAUCGCUGCCCUCAAGAAUCGCAGGAAUCCAUUGACAACGUGCUGGUUGAGCUCUAUAAGAGGUCAGGAAGGGUGGAGGAAGAAAUUGAAAUGCUUCAGCGCAAGCUGAAGAACAUAGAAGAAGGAAUGGUGUUCGGUGGGAGAAGGACCAAGGUCGCUAGGUCUCAAGGCAAGAAGAUUCAAAUAACUGUUGAACAAGAGAAGGCUCGAAUUCUAGGGAACUUAGCCUGGGCUUACUUACAGCAGCACAAUUAUGGCUUAGCGGAACAACAUUACAGGAGGGCUCUGUCUCUGGAGCCAGAUAGGAACAAGCAAUGCAACUUGGCAGUGUGUUUGAUGCACAUGAACAAGCUCCCUGAAGCAAGAGCUCUGCUUCAAGCUGUAAGAGCUUCAUGUGUGAACCAACCGAUGGAGGAAUCAUACGCCAAAUCAUUCGAGCGUGCUUAUCAGAUGCUGACGGAAUUCGAGUCCCACCAAUCAAGUGACGAACCUCCUUCUGCUUCAUCUUCUCUGCAAACUCAACCAAUUGGUGAUCACCAUGGCUGGACGGAAAUUCCCUAUUUUGCUGCUGCAACUCCUCCGCCUCAAAGCUUCGGCAUCCUCAUGAAUAGCGGAAGGCAUCGGCCGGGUUCCAGCCAGAAGAAGAAUUGUUAUGCUUCAACCACACCUGUGCUGUUCUCUCAGCCUAGAAGGUGUUUAUUCGGAGGAAAGUGGGGAGCAGAGGAAUUCCAGCCAAUGCGCAGUUGUAGUAGUACCAACCGCGGAGAGCAUCAAGAGUUGAGUGCAGGAGGGAUUGAAGCUACACAGUUAAAAAUGGAGGCUAGUAUGGUCACCCCUCAGCUGAAAUCUCAGCCAAGAUGGGGGACUGUUUCUUCUUCACCUUCACCUGCUGAAGGAGACUGGAGGAAGCCAUGGAGACAAGCUGCUGCAACUGCUGCGGGUACUACUCCUGGCAACAAUGACAGCAAUAAUAUAGUGGUUAAGUUUCCAGUGGGAGAUGUUAUCGUGAUUGAUAGGAAGACUAAUCACAAUGUUGUAUCAGAAACAGAAGCUUCUUCUGUCGAUGUGAAACCAGAGAGCAAGCACAAGAGUUGGGCUGAUAUGGUUGAAGAAGAUGAAGCCGAAGCAGCGCUGGGAAAGCUACCAGUAGCUUGGAAUGGUGAUGAGGAAACGGGAUCUUUGGAUGAGAACUGGGAUGCAAACGUGGCUAAUGACGAUAAGUGCUGUUAUCCAAAGAAUGAGCAGCAAUGUGUCCAAGCUGGUGGAGGUGGUAUAUCGAGGACGACAGCUGCAUCGAGACGUCUGUGCUUCGAUGGAGCUGGGAAGAAUAUGAUCAACACGGCGACUAAGAGAAGAAACCGCCUUCAGGUUUUCAAGGACAUAACCCCAUCUCCAGAUAGUCCACGGGCAUCUUCAGUGGCCAUGUGA